AUGCAGCCGUCUGAUGCCGCCUCCACGAAGCCCUUGCUCGUCUGCAACCACAGCGGUUUUCCGGUUGGUUGUUUGAGCGUUGACUGGAGAUCGGUUUCUUCUCUUCACCGGUGGAGAUUCUCUUCGUUUCAGACCGAUAUAGCCUCCAUUCUUCCAACUUCGCCUCUUCCCGUGCGACUCCGAUUUCGUUUGUCUCAUCGUCAGCUGCAACCUCACGGAGAUCUGAUUCGGCGGUGGCGCGUCAUCUGGGGUCGCGAUGAGAGGAGACGAUGUCUCGAGACCCAAUCAAAGCAACCAGAGACGUGUAGAAGUCGGACUAUAGCCGGAUUCGGAUUCCAUGACGUGGUGAUCGAAUCCCCUCUUCAAUCGAUUCAGCUCUCCGAUCUCGAUCCGGUGGGUAUCGGCGAUGUCUUGAUCGCGUAUAGGAAGAGGCUCGCCGGUUUCGAGGCGGAAGGCGGUUCCGGUUUCAUUUGGUGCAUGCUCGACGGUCGGGUCAGUGUCGGAUCUGCGCUUGAUCCUUUUACAUCUAACGGUCCUCAUCCUCCUGUGACUAUCAUUUCUUUCACAGCCUUGUCAUAG